GUACAUGUAAGUACUGAAAAUGUGUUGUUGCGUCGUGAAACAGGGAUGCCCAUGUGACAGUUAGUUUUCCUGACUGAGUCAUGUUUACCUGUGAGCGCCCUCCCCUUUAUGAUUCUCUGUCCACUGAUAAGAGCGAACACAGAGACAAGCGCGAGUGCAAUCUCGGCUUCUUCUUUCCUCACACGCUUCUGAACAGAACGGUUCCAUAAGAAGUCAGAGAACACCCACGGCAACCGAUCGGCAGUCUCCAAAGUGAGGAGAAGUAGGCCAUGGUGGUGAACGUGAACUGAGACAGGAAAGACAGGAAAGCCUCCUGAUAGAUUGGUGGGUUUUUUAUGAUUUGACCUUUGAUCUCUCGAAGUAAAGUACUUAAAGUCGUCUUUCCAGUCUGAUUUGGAAUUACGGUACCAUGAAGAUCUCAGAAAGCGCGCUGGACUUGGGCUCAACGGAUUACGCGGUGGCCCUGGAUCCGAGCUACACCAUGCUGGAGUUUGACAGCCUCAGAGUUCUCCCAGUGGACUCAGAGCCGCUGAGGCCUGAGCCGUCCCUCGUAGGCACAGCUGGACUGCCCCAAGCCGCUGUCAUGCUGUGCUCCAUCUGCGCAGAUAAAGCAACCGGGAAACACUACGGUGCGUCCAGCUGCGACGGCUGCAAGGGCUUCUUCAGGAGGAGCGUGCGCAAGAACCACGCCUACACGUGCAGGUUCAGUAGGCAGUGUGUGGUGGACAAGGACAAGAGGAAUCAGUGUCGAUACUGCAGACUACGGAAAUGCUUCAGGGCUGGCAUGAGGAAAGAAGCUGUACAGAACGAGCGAGACAGGAUCAGCUGCCGUCGAGAAGCUCAGGGAGUCGGGACUCUGACCAUCAACAUCCUGUUGAAAGCAGAAGAGCGCACACAUCAGUUCUCUGCUCUGACACCACCCAUGAGGGACGUCAUCUCGAAGAAGAUUGCUCGACCAUCUGAUGUUUGCGAAUCCAUAAAACAGCAGCUCCUCCUCCUGGUGGAAUGGGCGAAAUGCCUCCCCGAGUUCUGUGAGCUGCCGGUGGACGACAGGGUCAGCUUGUUACGAGCUCACUCGGCUGAGCACCUCAUCCUGGGCGUGGCUCGUCGUUCGCUACCCUACAACGAUGUAAUCCUGCUAGGAAACGACUUCAUCGUCCCCGUGAAUAGUCCAGAGCUGGAGAUGUCCAAAGUGGCAGGACGUGUCUUAGAAGAGCUGGUCAGGCCUCUGAGAGAGCUGGACAUAACCGACACGGAGUUUGCCUGUCUCAGAGCCAUCGUCUUCUUCGCUCCGGACUGCCCGGGGCUGGAGUGCGCUCAGAUGGUGCGCAGGCUGCGUUUCCAGGCCCACGUGUUGCUGGACGAGGCGACGUGCGAGCAGCGCGGCCGGUUUGGGGAACUGCUUCUCCUGCUGCCUCCACUGCAGAGCACUGCCUGGCAAAUGGUGGAGCAGCUCCAGCUCGCCCGGCUCUUAGGAGAAGCCAACAUGGACAGCCUGCUGCAGGAGAUGCUGCUCGGAGAGUCAGCCACAGGUUCAAACUCAGAAGUGCUCGGUUUCAGCCCUCAUGUAGACCCGAUUCUGCCACGGAACCUACACCCGGAACAAGUGGCACUGCCAAACUUCACCUCCGUCAUCCUCCCUGUACCAUCCUCGCUAGCUGGAGUUCCUCUGCUCGCCGUACAGCCUGGCGCUCAGCUCUACACACACACACCGACUGCAGAAAUGACACUGGAGAUAGACAGCUGUCUCACCAAGCCCGCAGUUCACACAUGUCUUUGAGCAGACAGACAGACAGACACACACACACACACGUACACGCACACACUUCAUAACAUUGUCUUAUCUAGACCUUCGCAUACACACUCACACUGCUAAUGUUUGCUAAUGUCUAUUUGCUAAUGAUAUGUAUAUUCCCUCUUACACCAAGACCAUGAAAAACACUCGUUUCUGAUUAGCUGGCGUUCAGGGAGCGCACGACGUAGCCGAAAACACGCUCAAUGGCAACGUCAUUCUAUACGAUACAAUAAAUACGCACUAACACACGUUCCUAAAUUUUGUCUGAUACCAGAUACAUGACGCCCUAAACAGGAAACUGAUUUUGUCUGUCACGAACAAAAUGCGGAGAUGAAAUAAGUUAUCUCCAGCAGGGGGCGGUAAAAGUACUCGGAGCUCAGAGAACAAACAACGUAGCCAACGAACAACGUAUUCAAAUCUCAGUCAGCCCACUGGAGGACGUUGAGACGACAUAAUUUUUUUUAAAUCGCUCUUCUUAAAUUUUAUUUUUUUUUGUUAGCAUUAAUGAGAUCUUUGUUGAUUAAUGAGUCUUUAUUGGUCACAGCACAGUGAAAUUCUGUUCUUUGCAUACCCCACUGUGUUAGGAAGGUGGGUUAGAGUGCAAGAUCAGUCAUGAUACAGUGCCCUUGGAGCAGAGAGGGUUAAGGGCCUUGCUCAAGGGCCCGACAGGGGCAGCCUGGCAGUGCUGGACCUUCCGAUCAAUAACCCAGAGCCUUAACCGCUAAGCCACCACUGUCCCCAUCAGACAGAUUGGAAUAAUUAUCCGGUCGUGUGUUACCGGAUAAACGGCGGCCCUAAAAAUGUAGAUUAUAUCGAUUAGUCAUGUGAGAAAAAUUGCGUGAAGGAAAUUUGAAGAAGAGUGUGGGGAUGAAAUAAAUCAUCGCCAGCAGGGGGAGCUGAUGGGCCUGAAUGGCACAACAAAAAAAAAACUGUUGUGCCUACAUCUUCUGAAUUAGCAAACGAGCUGCAUGCAAUACUGUUGAGUCGUAAUUUACGCAAUUGUUGGCAAACCACUGAGGUAUACGAGGAAUAAAGCAUGUCAGGAUGUGUGUUGUUACAGGAAAUGAAUCAACGACAGCGUGGUGUGAUGAAGCAGCGUUACUGUUACCACAGCAAAGGUGAUUUAUUUCCUAUAACAGCACACCCCGAAGUGUUUUCUUCCUCUUAUACCACAGCAAUUUACCAACGAUUAUGCAAAGCACACAAUUUGUGUCAGGUUUAUGACUUUUAUUCCUUACAGACCACAUUCCUUGUUGCGUGCCGUCGUUUCUACGGUGACGCGAUCAUCUUAUAAUCACAUUGGUUGCAUUAUUGUCCUUAAGUUGAAUCCAAAUCCAAUCAUUCUGUGCAUGGUGAGUUCUCUCUGUUCCUGACUUUCUAAUUUAGGGAAUAGUGAUAUGGGACCUCUUCAGACACUUCACCUUUAUAUCAUCUGGGUUUUAAAAAAUAAUAAUAUCAGGACAUUGUAUUAGGCAUUAUAUUGUAUAUACACACGUACACGCGUACUGUACUGUAAUUAUUACAUUUUAUUUGUUGAAUAAAGUUGAAGAGUCUGUUUA